GGUGAGAAUGUGAAGCUAAACAGCAGAUACACAAAGCUCAUCAUUGUAAAUGAACAUCGUCACAAAAAGCAGAGAGAACAUGAAAUAAUGGCCUUGGGACGGAGACAUGCAGAAAUCAUGGCUGAGUGCGCUAGUCCUAUCACCAUAGCCAAUUUAUUUGACUCUGAUAAAGAUGGACAGUCACCACAAAUUGUUGUGCUCCAGGGAGCUGCAGGGAUUGGAAAAACACUGACAGCAAGAAAGAUCAUGUUGGACUGGGCAAAUGAGGAGCUGUAUCAGAGCAGGUUUGAUUAUGUUUUCUACAUAAAUUGCAGGGAAAUAAACUUGGUCUGUGAGCAGGGAAGUGUUGAAGAUUUGAUUUUAAAGAAUUGUCCUGAUCAAAAUGCGCCAACUAAAGAGAUUCUGAUGACUCCAGAAAAACUCCUGUUCAUAAUUGAUGGUUUUGAUGAACUGAGAUUUUCCUUUAAUCAACCAACAAGUAAUCUGUGCUCGGAUCCUUGUAAGAAGCAGCCAGUGGAAAUCAUACUGAGCAGUUUAUUCAGGAAAGAAGUGCUUCACAAAUCGUACUUAAUAAUUACUACAAGACCAACUGCCCUGGAGAAACUUGGGCAGUCUCCGAAAGAUGAAUGUUGUGCAUAUGCAGAGAUCUUGGGAUUUUCUGAAAAUGAGAGACAGGAAUAUUUCUACAAGUUCUUUGGGAAUGAAGAACAAGCGAGAAGAGCCUUUAACUUUGUAAAAGACAAUGAAAUGCUGUUCACCAUGUGCUUUGUCCCCAUUGCGUGUUGGAUCAUCUGCACGGUUCUGAAACAACAGAUGGAAGCAGGUGAAGAUCUUGCACAAACUUCCGAUACAAUCACUGGCAUCUACAUGCUCUAUCUCUUCAGUUUAUUAGAGGGUCACAGCAGCAAUUCAGAGAAACAACAGGUACAAGAUAACUUGAAGGGACUUUGCUCUUUGGCUGCAGAUGGACUCUGGAGGCAGAAAAUACUAUUUGAAGAAGAAGAUGUCAAGAAACAUGGCUUAGAUAAACCUGAUUCCCUCUUUCUGAAUGAGAACAUGUUUCAAAAAGGCAUUGUCUGUGAACGUGUUUACAGCUUCAUUCACCUGAGUUUUCAAGAGUUUUUUGCAGCUUUGUUUUAUGUGUUGGAGAAAGAAGAAACAGCAAAAAAAUCAGAAACUGCUAUACAACCUGUGGAAAAAUUGUUUGAAAAGUGUGGAAAAUCUAGGAAUUAUUUAAUGUUAACAGUGCAAUUCCUGUUUGGUCUCUUAAAUAAAAAGAGAAUGGAGGAGAUGGAGAAAAAUCUUAGCUGCAAAUUUUCACCCAAAAUUAAAAAUAAUUUACUAAUGUGGGUUAAAGAAAAACCCUUUUUGUCAUUGUUCAACUAUGAUAAAUUGCUUUCUGAUAAGGAGGAGAUAAUUUUCUAUCUGGAUUAUUUUUACUGUUUGCAUGAAAUUCAAGAAACCAAAUUUGUGCAGAGUGCAAUGAAUCAUUUCACGGAGCUAAAAUUUACUCAUCAUACCUUUACCAAAAUGGAUCAAAUUGUUCUUCAAUUCUGUAUAAAGAAUUGCUGUAAUCUGAAGUCAGUUUACAUAGAGAAGUGUAGGUUUCUAACUGAAGACCCGAAUGAAGAUUCCCCAGGACUAUGCAAGUGGCCACUUCGCUUGGAGUGGUGUCAUCUCACAGACGCUGGCUGCGGGACUCUCGCCGCUAUUCUCAGAACCAGCCAGAGCCUGACAGAGCUGAAACUGCCUGAUAAUAAACUGGGAGAUGCUGGAGUGCGGCUGUUGUGUGAGGGACUGAAACACCCGAACUGCAAACUGCAGACACUGGACUUGUGGAAAUGUCGUCUCACAGACGCUGCCUGCGGGGAUCUUGCCGCUGUUCUCAGAACCAGCCAGAGUCUGACAGACCUCAACCUGGGUGGUAAUAAACUGGGAGAUGCCGGUGUGAAGCUGCUGUGCGAGGGACUGAAACACCCGAACUGCAAACUGCAGAGACUCUUAAUGUGGAGCUGCGGUGUCACAGACGCUGCCUGUGGGGAUCUUGCCGCUGUUUUCAGAACCAGCCAGAGCCUGACAGAGCUGGACCUGGGUGCUCAUUAUUCUCUGGGAGAUGCCGGAGUGCAGCUGCUGUGCGAGGGACUGAAACACCCGAACUGCAAACUGGAGAGACUGAAAUUGUGGAGUUGUAAUCUCACAGAUGCUAGCUACAGGGACCUCGCCAGUGUUCUCAGCACCAGCCAGAGCCUGACAGAGCUGAAUCUGAGUCAUAAUAAACUGGGUUCAGUCUCUAAGGUGCCACAAGUUCUUUUUUAUAAUAAACUGGGCGAUGCCAGAGUGCAGCUGCUGUGUGAGGGACUGAAACACCCAAACUGCAAACUACAGAAAUUGGAGUUGUGGGACUGUGGUCUCACAGACACUGGCUUAAGGGAUCUCGCCACUGCUCUCAGAACCAACCAGAGCCUGACAGUGCUCAACCUGGGUGGUAAUAAACUGGGAGAUGCCGGAGUGCGGCUGUUGUGCGAUGGACUGAAACACUCAAACUGCAAACUGCAGAAAUUGGACUUGAAGGGAUGCGGUGUCACAGCCACUAGUUGCGUGGAUCUCGCCCCUGUUCUCAGAACCAGCCAGAGCCUGACAGAGCUGAGCCUGCGUGGUAAUAAUCUGGGAGAUGCUGGAGUGCAGCUGCUGUGUAAGGGGCUGAAACACCCGAUCUGCAAACUGCAGACACUGGACUUGGGGUACUGCGGUAUCACAUCCGCUGGCUGCAAGGAUCUCGCCCCUGUUCUCAGAACCAGCCAGAGGCUGACAGAGCUGAACCUGUGGGGUAAACUGGGAGAUGCUGGAGUGCGGCUGCUGUGUAAGGGUCUAAAACAUCCAAACUGCAAACUACAGAAACUACAUUUGACGAAAGGGUAUUUAAGUGAAGAAACACAGGCAGAGCUGGAUGCUGUGAAAGACACAAAACCUGACCUGGUCAUAGAGUUACUGGACUGGUGAGCAGGAGCCACUGCACCAAUGCAGCUCUGACCUGGCUGCCCUGCCACUAGCUGAGGGAGCAGCUGGGCAGUGGGAGAGAGAACACCUGCCCCUGUUAAAAUUAAACCCCGCCAGCCCCAGGGACUCCAGCAGCAAAUGUCAACAUUCGCGGCACAGGCUGAGUAGAGAUUGUUAGGGCUUAGGAGUAGGAGCUGGGUUUGCUCUAUUCUCACUGUGCAAUGGGGUAGAGGUUUUUAGGGAGGAGUCGGGGGGCAGAAUGGAGAAAGGGGAUCAGGGCCUAGGGGAGCGAGAGAUGGGGGGUUAUGAGAUGGAGGGGUCUGGUAACCUCCCUUUUUCAGUCUAUCAGUGCAGGGGGAGGCUCAAGAACCAUCCUUGGGUCCAAAGGGGAACUGUCCUUUCUUACAGUGGUUCAUACUAUUACGUGUAUAUUUACAAGGGGGUUGUAAUUUUACACAACUCCACAGCUAUUAAGUCGGAAUUUUUCUGUAGCCAUCUCCAACAGAGGUUUGUCCUGGAUGUAUAUUUGUGUCAGUUUUGCUGGAGUUCAAUAGAGAUCGCGUAUCAAUAAAUAAUUCUGCACUUUCA